CCGGGUGAGUCACGCCUUUGGGCGACCGGAGGGGCUCAUCCCAGCGGCGGCCCCGAGCAUCCCGGGCCCGGCACCCGGGCCGACGAUGACGGCGGAAGGGCCCUCGGGCAGGUUCGUGGACGGCAACGGCACCGGCGGAGGCGGCGCGGGCCUGGGCCUGGCCUCGUCGGCCCCGUCGCCCGCGGAACUGUACGGCUGGGACGUGGCCCUGUGCGUGUCCGGCACGGUGGUCUCGUGCGAGAACGCCGUCGUGGUGGCCGUCCUGCUGGGCACGCCGACCUUCCGCGCCCCCAUGUUCCUGCUCCUGGGCAGCCUGGCGGCGGCCGACCUCCUCGCCGGCCUGGGCCUGGUCCUCCGCUUCGCCUCCGAGUACUGCCUGCCCUUCCCUCAGCUGCGCCUGGGGCUGGUGGGGCUGCUGGUCACCGCCUUCACGGCCAGCAUCAACAGCCUGCUGGCCAUCGCGGUGGACCGCUACCUGUCCCUCUACCACGCCCUGACGUACUACUCGGAGGGGACGGCGACCCGCACCCACGCCAUGCUCCUGCUGGCCUGGGGCGGGGCCCUGGGCCUGGGCCUGCUGCCCGUGCUGGGCUGGAACUGCCUGGACGACGCGGCCUCGUGCGGGGUGGUCCGCCCGCUGACCAAGAGCCAGCUGGCCCUGCUGGCGGCCUCCGUCUUCGUGGUCUUCGCCCUGAUGCUGCACCUGUACGCCCGCAUCUGCCGCCUCGUCUGCCGCCACGCCCAGCAGAUCGCCCUGCAGCGCCACUUGCUCGCCGCCUCCCACUACGUCACCACCCGCAAGGGCGUCGCCACCCUGGCCGCCAUCCUGGGCACCUUUGCCACCUGCUGGGUGCCCUUCGCCGUCUACUGCCUGCUGGGCGACGCCUCCGACACGCCGCGCUACGCUUACCUGACGCUGCUCCCGGCCACCUGCAACUCCAUGGUCAACCCGGUCAUCUACGCCUUCCGCCAGCGCGAGAUCCAGAAGGUGCUCUGGGCCAUGGGCUGCUGCUGUUCCGCCAGAGCCCCGUUCGGCUCCCGCUCCCCCAGCGACGUCUAGGGGUCCCGUCCCCCCCUCCCCGACCGCCCCCGGGGGACCCUCCGGACCCCUUCCCGGUGCGGCGUCUUCUUAAAUCCUCCCACUCCGGAGAUCCAGUCAUCGGUGCGGUACAGCCGGGAGCCUGGCUGAGUGGGCAGUCCUGGAGACAGAUGCAGCUAGAGACGGAAUUAUUUAUUUAUCUAUUUAUUUAUCUGGGCACUGCCCCUUUAAUACCCAAGCCGGGGAGAUUUUUCUCCCCUGGCCCUAUUUAACCCCCGUUUUUCGGGAAAAGGCGUUAAAAAAAUUCACUUAUUAAGAAAAAAAAUCUAGGAAACCCCAAGGCUUGUGGGAAUGCGCCGCCCCCGACCCCACCAGCCUGAAAGCGCGUGUCGUCGCGUAUCGGGGGGCCUGUGUAUGGGCAUCUUUCCUUGGAAGUCCCGAAUCGCCAGCUAUCCCGAUGAGGGGCACGGGCCGACUCGGCCCCCUUCCCGUUGCUGUUUUGGAAUGAGACUGGAAAUA